AUGGCUCAGCUGUUCAGCUUCUUCUUCGUACUACUCAUCGCUGCUGCCGAGUCCGUGCAGGGCGCUGGCGCUGGUGUUGGGCUCGUUCCGCCGGUUCCAAUUGGUAAGAGGUACAUCGUCGGUGGCGCGGACGGGUGGCGCGUGCCGCCGAAGGAGAAUAAGGACAUGUACAUCAAGUGGGCCUCCAGCAUUCAGUUCUUUGUCGAGGACUCUAUUGAAUUCAUGUACAAGAACGACUCGGUCGGGAAGGUGAACAAGUACGCGUACUACCACUGCAACUGGACGACACUGGCCCCGACACCGCCCGUCAAGGACGGCAGCUCGCUCUUCCUCUUAGACGCCCCGGGGUUUGCCUACUUCGCGAGCGCCGACGUCAAGCACUGCAAGAAGGGCCAGCGCCUCAUGCUCAACGUCAAGGCCCUGCCAGCGCCGGUUCCGUCAACUGAUAUUUCAAGCCCUCCUAGCCCUGCUCCGCCUGCGAUUGCACCUGGACCGGCCCCUGGAGAGCCCGUAAUGGACAGCGGCACCGCAGUAGUGGCCUCGUCACAUGGGCGCGCCUUGAUGUUGGUGGUUUCUAGCACAACACUUGCAUUGAUGGGGACGAUUCGGGCCUGA